GGCUGCCAUGGACACUUAAUUCAGCUGCUUAUCAUACUGGACUAAUUAGGUCAAGAACAUGAGUUUCACUCUAGGUAACUCAGUUGAUGUCUCCAUUCUAAGGCCACAAACUUCCCCCUGACUCUGGACAAUGUCCUGCAAAUAUGAGCUGUUAGUCAUAAGCCUCGGGCGCCGGGGAGGCUCGGCCGACUUGCUGAUUGGGGACCGAUAUGGCUGCGACUCUGGGCAGCGGGGAGCGCUGGACAGAAGCCCGCAUCAGGACCCGUAGGCUGACCUUUUCCAUCCUGCAGUCAAGCAAAGAGUGUUGAUUCAAUACCUAUUAUGUGCCCAGCAUUAUGCUGAUUGUGCAUCAGGAAUUUGACAUCGAUUUGGGCCCCUGAGAUCACAGAACUCUGAGUCCACUGAGGGAGUAUGACAGCUUACAUUGAUGCAGUUAGAAGAAACAAAUACCCAGAAGAUAGACCUCCUGAAAGUCAUGACCCCUGUGGUUGCUGUAACUGCAUGAAAAUGCAAAAGGAAAAGAAGUCUGAGAAUGAGUGGAACCAAACCCGGCAGGGUGAGGGGAGUGCCACUUACACUGAGGAGCAGCUGCUUGGGGUACAAAGGAUCAAGAAAUGCAGAAAUUACUAUGAAAUUUUAGGAGUGUCUCGAAAUGCCAGUGAUGAAGAGCUUAAGAAAGCUUACCGAAAACUUGCCCUGAAAUUUCACCCUGACAAGAAUUGUGCUCCUGGAGCCACAGAUGCUUUCAAAGCCAUAGGAAAUGCCUUUGCAGUCCUGAGUAAUCCUGACAAGAGACUCCGCUAUGAUGAAUAUGGAGACGAACAGGUGACUUUUACGGCCCCUCGAGGCAGACCUUACAGCUAUUACAGGGACUUCGAAGCAGACAUCACUCCAGAAGAACUAUUCAAUGUCUUCUUUGGAGGACAUUUUCCUACAGGAAACAUUCAUAUGUUUUCAAAUGUGACAGAUGAUGGUCACUAUUAUCGCCGGCGGCACCGACAUGAGAGGAUGCAGGCACGGAAGGAAGAAGAAGAAGAAGAAGAAAAGCCUCAGAAUACGUAUUCUGCAUUUAUUCAGUUACUUCCAGUUCUGGUGAUUGUGAUUAUAUCUGUUAUUACUCAGCUGCUAGCUGCUAAUCCCCCAUAUAGUCUAUUCUAUAAAUCGACCUUGGGCUACACCAUCUCUAGAGAAACACAGAACCUGCAGGUGCCUUACUUUGUGGAUAAAAACUUUGAGAAGGCCUACAGAGGAGCCUCUCUACGGGACCUGGAGAAGACAAUAGAGAAGGAUUACAUUGAUUACAUCCAGACAAGUUGUUGGAAGGAGAAACAACAAAAGUCGGAAUUGACAAAUUUGGCAGGAUUAUACAGAGAUGAACGAUUGAAACAGAAGGCAGAGUCACUGAAACUUGAAAACUGUGAAAAACUUUCCAAACUUAUCGGCCUACGCAGAGGUGGCUGAGAGGAUGAUGGCCCUACACAGGGUCGGGGUUUUGCUACUUGUUACUAUUUAUGUUCCUAAUUCCAUUUUAUAAUACAAAAUUAAGAAAUGAUGAACAUUUUACAACUUGCUAACUUUGGUGGGCAGAGUUGAAGGCACUUGAGCAUGGAGCCAGACUUGUCAUCGCAGAAUCUUUCCUGGGGAUUGGCUCCAGGGGCCAUGAACAGUUCAUCUAAGUUGAAUUAACGGCAGAGCGUUUGAUGUAGUCCCCUUGCUCCGUGCCUACCCUGCCUCUAGGAUUGGGAUUCAGGCAUCCCAGUGCAGAUCUACAUAUUCUUCCUCCUUCCCUUCUUCAGUUAAAUCUCAAUGCCCAGCCAUUCCUAGGCGUAGCCAAAGCAGCUUAAUAUUAGUUGUUUACAGUGUGCACGAAGAAUGAUCCCUCUCCCCUCAUGAAAGUCAUCAUGUCCCCUAGCAUUCCGCCCUUGGAACAUGGGGCCACCAUGCUUGCAUUUUCUAAGGGGAAUGUGGAGAGAUGUCAGCUAUUACGGACAAUAGUUUUCCCAUUUGCCUAUCUCUGUUCAAAGUUACUAGCAUUAGCAAACUGCCUGAUUUGAGUUUCUUUUACUUCCUUAACCCUUUCUCUUGUCGAGGGUCCAGAAAGUAAACGCUAUUGGGUGAAACAGUUCCAUGGACAACUCAGCAGCAGAGAGCAGGGGUACGGGAAUAAAGGUAAAAAUGCAAGACUGAGUUUCCUCUUGCAGCAUGACAUUUGACCAGAGUCCCUCCACCCCAGAGAAGUCAGACCUAAGAAUAGGCAUUGCCAGCCAACCAGGAUGGUUGCUCAAGCCUAGAUCUAGAAGGGAAACACCCUGUUUCUGUGGCUUUGGAGGUCUGGUAUUGGUCCCAAGCAGCCACUGUGUUUAACCCAAUGCCCUACAUUUUGUUAUAUGAGAUGCUUUGCCAUGUAGUCAACAUUUAUUGAGUGCCUGGUAUGAAGCAGGGGCUCCCACAUACAGUUUCUUACUUUAGCCUCCUCAUAAUGCUGUGAAGGAGACAUGUUACCCUCCCCCCCCCUUUUUUUUUAUGAAAAAGAACGUUGGCCCAGAGAGGAUGAAUGGGUGACCCAGUCAUACAAUUGGUAGUGGCAGAGCUAGGCUGAUUAUCCAGAAGGAAGUGUGAGAUCAUUCCCAUUUGUCUGGUGAUUCUAGCCAGAUUGUUAAGGCAUAAUCUUAGGAUGCCCUGGUCCCCCCUGACACUGUAACCCUGUAUCCUUUUUAUGGCAGUCCUGCAUUCAUUCAGGACACUUCUUCCUUGGUCUUUAGAAGCAAGACCCUCUCUAAAAUAAUUCUGUAUACAAAGCAGAAUAGCCACUCAAAGGCAGGUAGCCACUCCCACUGAUGACAAGGAAGAAGUAAGCUGUUUCCUUGGCCUUGUGGUUCUGGGCCCUCUUGUCCCUCUUGGGCCCUCUGGGCCCUCUUGGCCCUCCAAACCCCACUGGAACAUGGGAUCCCUUAGCCUGGCCAAGGUGAGCUGCCAGGAUUGAACCGCCUAGAUCAUUAUGAAUCAGAACCUGGAAAAUCAGUAGGUGACUGUACUCUGGACUCCAGGAUGAAAGAAAAGUUCCCUUAUUAAAACUGAUUUCCAAAGUA